GGAUUGUUUGGAGUCCAGGAGCGGCGGGAGCCUGUUUACUGAUGGUGAUGAUGAUACUGAUGCUGAUGAUGUCCGUGCUUUUAUUGGCACGCACUGAUGAUGACUUUUGUUAUGACGAGGACCACUGUGAUCCAUAUGCAUGGGGAGACAGUUAUCCUUCCUGUCAUCCGCUUCUGGACAGCCAUCAUUCGCCCAUCAACCUGGACCAUCAUCUGAUGAAGAACCACUCGCUGGACUCUCUGCAGCUCCAUGGCUUUAAUCUGACUCAUAAAGGUCAAUGGUGGCUGACGAACCAGGGACACUCGGUUGUGCUGGAGGUUGGUGACGGUAUGCAGGUCAGUGGCGGAGGUCUUCCUGCAACUUAUCGCACCUUCCAGCUGCAUUUCCACUGGGGAAGCGUCUCCUCAAAUGGGUCUGAACACACCCUCGACCACCUCAGGUUUCCUAUGGAGAUGCACAUAGUGAACAUCAAAUCCACGCAUCCAAACUUGACGUCUGCACUUGAAGACCCAACCGGCAUUGCUGUGCUUGGAGUAUUUGUUGACGUGACUUAUCUGCACAAUGAAAACUUCCAGUCCAUCUCAAGUGCACUUUCUUAUGUUGCCUACAAAGGACAAACAAAGUCGAUCAAACCAUUCCCGUUGGUGAACUUGUUACCUCAGAACAACCUGACGCAGUAUUAUCGUUAUCACGGCAGCCUCACAACGCCACCCUGUUCAGAGGUGGUUUUGUGGACCAUUUAUGAAGUGCCUGUGUAUAUUUCAUGGGCUCAGUUCGAGCAGUUUGUAAGCGGGAUUUAUUCCACGGAGGAAGAAGCAGAAAUCCAGGCUCUUCUGCAUGACAACUACAGACACAUUCACCCAACCUACAGUCGCCCCGUGUACGCCUCAAAACUGCUUUUAUUCUAGCCGGAAAAAAAACAAAUAAGAGUUUCUCUAGAAGAAAACAUAUUAUCGCAAAUACUGUGAAAAUAUCUUCACUCUGUUGAACAUCAUUUGGGAAAUAUUUGUA